AUGGGUUGCCACCUUCGAGGCGCUGGUUAUCCACACGAAGUGACGCAGAACCGCCCCCGGUCGAUCAGAGGCAACGAGUCUGAGCGAUGCAUGUUCCCAAGACCUCCACAGCCACGCGCCAGCCCGUCAGCUUCUUCAAGCCCCUGGACUGCUCGAGGGGCCACACCACGACAGCCGCGAAGUGAGGAUGAAAGCGCCAAUGCUGUGCGGCCCCGACUGACGCGUUUCCAGCUGCACAUUGACGACGGGACACCAAGCCUUGACCUGUGCCUUACAACACCGGCCCCGGCUUACGAGAACGAGUGCCCCCAGGGUUCGGUCUGGGUGCCUUACAUGAAACGACGCGUGAAAUGCGAUGAAGCGAAACCUUUCUGCCAACGAUGCGUCAAGUGGCAGGGCUUCUGUGACGGCUAUGAUUCCUUUGCCCGUGCCGCGGCAGCAGCUGACGCCGCUCAGAAGGUGGCACCGGCAGUACAACGACUGAGAAGGCUAGCCCCGGCACCUGCACGUCUUGACAUCCGUAUACUCCUGGAGCCCACGGAAGUGCUGUUCAGAGACGAGCACGAGAAGCGGUUCUUCACGACGUGGCGCGACACUCGGAAGCUCAUCGGAGGCGGUCUCUUCGAGGAUGAUCUCUGGGAGAGGACGAUGCUGCAGCUGAGCCAUGAGUGGCCUGCGGUUCGCUACGCCAUCAUGAGUGUCGGCGCCAUCGGCAAGUCCCUUCACAAGGGGUUCGUGCCGACAACGCACCAGGAAAUGGCAGCCCACGGCCCCGAGUACGGACAGGCCCUGUCGUACUACGGUCGGGCGCUGAGCGACGUGCGGCGCGCCACGGCGGACCCGAGCUCGCUGAGGGCGACGGUCGUGUGCUGCCUGCUCUUCGUCUGCUUCGAGGUUCUGCACACGGACUGCCGAGCGGCGUACGCUCACCUUGACAAUGGACAGCUGCUGAUGCACGAGAUGACGAUGCGAGCCCGUUCGUCGGGCAUCAGGUCGAACAUUGUCGAGUCGGAAGCGCUGGAACGUGACUUUCUCCAGAUAUUCCAGCGCCUCAUCCACCAGACAUGGUCGUACGGGGUGAUCCGGCCGCCUCUGAUGGCACAGAUCGAGGCGCAGGCGGCUCCCAGGCAGCCACAGACCAUGUGGUGCUGUCGCGGUGGGCCCAAGAACCACCGCGUCAUCGAGAACAUGCCCGACUCGUUCGACGACUUUUCCGAGGCGCGACGGUGGUGGGAGGUGACGCAGCACGCGGCCACGCACACGUCUCACGUCGUCUUCCGCGUCAGCCACAACGGGCUGGGCUCGCUGUUCAGCGGAAACUCGGAGUCGAUCAAGACGGCCAUGGAGGAGGCCACGUACGGCCACAUGGCGACGGAAGACGACCUGUUCGGCAACAGACAUGGGCGAUCGCGGCACCACGUCGAGUCUGUCGAGCGCUGGUGGCUGGGGUUCAGACCGCUCUGGGAAGCCGUGCAGGCAGUCAAGGACCAGGACAAAGCGCGGUAUCUGCAGGGCGCGCACUUGCGGGUGCAAUACCUGAAUCUGUAUGCCAGCGUCAUGUCGCCUCUGGGAUGUGACUACCCAAGCGUCGUGGCCAUGACGCCGAUCUACCGUGAGAUUGUCAGUCUGUCCAGCGAGAUCCUGCCGCGGCAGCGAGACAUGUUUGGCGCUGUCACGCAGGGCGACAUCUUUUCGAUGGAUUCCGCCGUCACGUUCCCGCUCUUCCAGGCGAGCAUGCGCUGUCGAGACGCCAAUGUGCGCGAGGCAGCGAUACGACUGCUUCAAGAGAACCCCAGGCGUGAUGGCAUGUGGGACAGCCGCAUGUUCGAGGCGUUGGUGGUGCAGAACCGCACGCUCGAGGUGGAGAAUGCAACAGAGGGAAGCCUUGACGAGCAGUGGUCGAGGCUACAGCAGAGGAGGGCUCAUCUGGACGAGGAGGGGACGCUCAAGACCAUUGGGUUGUUGAAGGAUGUUGCGGCUGGCAAGUGGAGGCUGCAGCAGGAGGCUGUGGGGAGGUUUCUGUAUGACUAG